CUGGCUCCUCACACCGACACGAAGCCAAAACAAAUAAAGAGAAGGCGAAGAGAGAGCAGAGAGAGAGAGAGAGAAACAAACGAAGAAGAAGAAAAAGCCCUAAUUCUGAAGCUAAACCCUAGUCGCGUUUAGCUUCCCCUCUUUUCGUUUCUCUCUUUGUCGUCGUGCCAUUGCAAAAUCAAAGAGCGUCGAUUUCUCGCUUUCUCCAUCAGAUCACCAGGGGCUUCUCCGAACACUUGCUCUCAUUUUUUUGUCGGGAAAUUUCUGCCAUCUUCUUUGAGUUAUACACAACCAUGGUAUUUUGGGUUUUUGGAUAUGGUUCACUUGUGUGGAACCCUGGUUUUGAAUACGACGAGAAAGUGAUAGGUUACAUCAAGGACUACAGGCGUGUUUUUGAUGUUGCAUGCAUCGAUCACAGAGGUACCCCUGAGCACCCUGCUCGGACUUGCUCUUUGGAGUACCAAAAAGGAGCUAUUUGCUGGGGUGCUGCUUAUUCUGUACGCGGAGGGCCUGAAAGGGAAAAACUGGCAAUGGAGUACUUGGAAAGGAGAGAAUGUGAAUAUGAUUUAAAGACCCUUGUGAACUUUUAUAAGGAAGGGGACUUCUCUGAGUCUGAGCCUUCCUUGACAGGAGUGAUUGUUUUCACAUCCACUCCAGACAAGGAAUCAAACAAGUAUUAUCUGGGUCCUGCUCCAUUGGAGGAUAUGGCAAGGCAAAUCGCCACUGCAUUUGGGCCCUGCGGAAACAAUAGAGACUAUCUCUUUCUAUUGGAGAAGGCUAUGUUUGAUAUUGACCAUGAAGAUGACUAUGUGAUUGAGCUUGCAAAUGAGGUGAGGAAGGUACUUGGAACUGGGGGGAAUGGAAUUCUGAAGGAGAAGAAAAUGGCUGGUCCACCCCACCUCCCACUGAAGUCCCACAUCCAAGCCCUUCAACUGCAUCCACUUCCCGAAGCCAUCGCCAUGGACUCGUAACAUUUGAACACAAGACAAUGAUAACAGGAAGAAGAUUGAUGAUAAAAACUGCGGAGCCUAUGUUGUGCUGAGAGUGCUUCUAACCCAUAUAUCCCUACCCCUAGUUUUACUUUCCUUUCCUUUUGGCUUAAUUCCCACUAGAAGAGAAGACAGAUGUCUUUUUUUCUUCUUUGUUUUUGGUAAGCUUAUUUCAGCGGCCUGCUUAGCAGCAGAGGGGGCACCCUUUCUAGCCGCGUAGAAGAGAUUAGGUUUGAGUGCGGCAAAAACACAUGGUUUGGUUGGUUAGGAAUGAAUAUGAGGAUGAUAGCUAACCUCUUCUUUUCCAUUCUUUUAUCCUUUUUGAAAACUAUGUCGGAUGUAACGUUUACAGUCAUUUCAAUUUAAAGAAUGUUUCCAAUUUCUAAUCUUUGAUAAGUUUGUAUGUGUGGAAUAUGUGAGGAUGGAGGGAUGUAACACUCCCAAUAGUGGGCUUUGCCCUUUUGAUAGAUAUUUGAAAUUUUACAAUAUUA